GGAGCGAAGGGCUCAGCUGCCUGCCUCCCGGCGUUACUGUCCCUUUAAGUAAAGUCCGCGCGCAGCCGGCUCCCCCACUAUCCCUGGGUGCAUUGCGGCGGGGGGAGGGGGCCAUUCUCGCCGCGCUGCUGCGUGUGGGGACGGGGAGUCACCCGCCGCGCCUGCUCCCCCGGUUUGAAGUUGGCGCCCGGGAGCGAUGCGGCGCUGAGGAGACACAGGCCGCCGCCAUGUCUGCGGGAUUCUCCUUCGGGGCCGGCACGCUGGGCGCCGCCGCCGCCGCCGCUGCUGGGGCGGGAGGCGGCGGCGGGGGAGGCUUCUCCUUCGGAGCCGUCCAGCCGAGCUCAACCGGAGGUCUUAAUUUUGGAACCUUGGGCUCCUCGACUGCUGCAGCAACUACAUCAGCUCCAUCAGUGGGUUUUGGAAGUGGACUGUUUGGUUCAAAAUCUACCACUGGGCUUGCUCUAGGAGGUACUAAUACAGGAACAGCUACAACUAUUGCUACAGGAUUAACACUGGGAGCUCCUGCCGCUACAUCAGCCUCUACCACAGGUUUUAGUUUAGGGUUCAACAAACCUGCAGGAUCGGCCACACCAUUUGCUUUGCCUAUUACAUCUACCUCAGCAAGUGGCCUCUCACUUUCUUCUGCUCUUACAUCAACUCCUGCAGUAGGUUCUACUGGCUUUACAUUAAAUUUGGGUGGGACAGCUGCCCCAACUACAAGUGCAUCCACAGGCCUUUCACUGGGAGGAGCCUUAGCUGGUUUGGGAGGUACACUCUUCCAGAAUGCAACCACAGCAGCAACAGGACUCGGACAGAAUGCUCUGAGUUUGACUCUGGGGACGACUUCUGCUCCUUCAACUACUGUUAAUGAAGGUCUUGGUGGCAUAGAUUUUAGUAGUUCUUCAGAUAAAAAGAGUGAUAAAACAGGAACAAGACCAGAAGAUAGUAAAGCACUGAAGGAUGAAAAUCUACCUCUACUAAUCUGUCAAGAUGUAGAAAAUCUCCAGAAAUUUGUGAAAGAACAAAAACAAGUGCAGGAAGAAAUUAGUAGAAUGUCUUCCAAAGCAAUGCUUAAAGUACAGGAAGAUAUUAAAGCUUUGAAACAGCUUUUGUCAGUGGCUGCUAGUGGACUACAGAGAAACACUCUUAAUAUUGACAAAUUGAAAAUAGAAACUGCCCAGGAACUGAAGAAUGCAGAAAUAGCAUUAAGAACACAGAAAACUCCUCCUGGUCUUCAACAUGAAAAUUCAGCCCCAGCAGACUACUUCAGGAUCUUGGUUGAACAGUUUGAAGUACAGCUGCAGCACUACAGACAGCAAAUUGAAGAACUGGAAAAUCAUCUUGCCACUCAAGCAAACAAUUCACAUAUAACUCCACAAGAUUUGUCUAUGGCUAUGCAGAAAAUUUAUCAAACAUUUGUAGCUCUAGCUGCACAACUUCAAUCAAUACAUGAAAAUGUAAAGAUGCUCAAAGACCAAUACCUUGGCUACAGGAAAACCUUUCUGGGAGAUGCUAUGGAUGUGUUUGAGGCAAGACGAGCAGAAGCUAAGAAAUGGCAGAGUGCCCCACGUGUUAUUACGGGACCAACCCCUUUCAGCAACAUACCAAAUGCAGCAGCCGUUGCCAUGGCUGCCACACUUUCUCAGCAGCAACAGCCUGCUACAGGGCCACAGCCAUCUCUGGGAGUUAGUUUUGGAACGCCAUUCGGCUCAGGUAUUGGCACUGGCUUGCAAUCAAGUGGCUUAGGUUCUUCAAACCUUGGAGGAUUUGGAAGUAGCUCUGCUUUUGGAAGCACUGCCACAGGCGCACCAUCAUUUGGAUUUGGAACUACAAAUAAACCCUCAGGAAGUCUUAGUGCAGGCUUUGGCAGCUCAACUACAUCUGGGUUUAACUUCAGUAAUCCUGGCAUCACAGCAUCGGCUGGCUUGACAUUUGGGGUGUCUAAUCCUGCAUCUACAGGUUUUGGGACAGGAGGGCAACUUCUUCAGUUGAAGAAACCUCCAGCUGGAAACAAGAGAGGGAAAAGAUAGACACACUGUUGGGGAAAGGGGAAGUGAAUCAGCUUUGUUCAUCCUAAAAGUCUAUUUUUCUAAAUGGAUGCAGUAAUUAAAUUGCAUCCCAGGAGAUUUAUAAAAUUUUGCUACGUUUCACUAUUCUGGAAUAUGAAAUGUAAUCAUAUUGAACAACUAUUUUCCUGUGAAUAGAAACCCAUCUAUGUAUUUUUAUUUUGGUUCUAGUUUUAGAAAUGUUCUAUACUGCAUUAUUAAAGAAUCUUGUAAAACCAUCUAUUUAACCUAAUGGUAGUAGCAGAAUAUUUUUUGUUAACAAGCUUUAUACCUAAUGGUAGUAGCAGAAUAUUUUUUGUUAAUAAGCUUUAUACCAUAUGAAUAUAUGCAUAUUUGGUUUUUUUGUACAGAUAAAAUAUAUUCUAGUACAAAUACUAGAGUUCAUAUCUUCUGUUCCUGGAUAUGGCCUUUAAAUCUACUUCAGGGUGUUUCUUUGUGAAUAUCGAUGUAAAUAUAAAUAUAUAUACAGUACAGUGCACACAUUUGUGUGCAUGUAUUUGUAUAUAUAAUAAAAACAUGUGAACUUUGCCCCAUAGACAAAACUCUCCAUGUUUCUUUGCUUUGUGUGUUCACUUUUCCAUGUUUCAGGCUUCCACAUCUUGAUGCUCAUAGGAAUAUCAAAUAGUAGUCCCAGGCUGUAAUAUUUUUGCAGCUUGUUUUUUAAAGACGAGCUGAAGUACUGUUCACUAUUGUAUAAUUCUGGCAAAUAGUGUUUAAUUGCCUGUUUGUCCUCAACAUUUUCCUUUCCUCAGCUAGCAAUCACUCCAAAGAGGAAUCUGGAGAGACUUUCAAACAAAGGUGUUGUCACAGCUGGUGUUGCCAAACAGAUCUCUCCUGGGCUGGGCUUCAUUUGUGAGGCUGCUAGGCUUCCGGAGAUUGCUUGGGGGCAGAGAGUUGUGAAGCCGGUGGUCUCUUCUCUCUGCGGGUGGUGGAUGCAGACUGUGCCACUCUAAUGAAAAUUGUAGCUAACCAUUCCAAACAGAGUUGAUUCACACAGGGCUACUGGCAUUGACUCCAAAAAGAGUUGCUUACCUGCCGUUAACACCCGUCGCUGCCAAGGAAUGAAGUAAAACAGUAUACUUUGAGGGUAAGCUAUUGUAACAGUAGAACUACCAGUCUUACAAGUGCAGCAAACUUCAUGUUAUGGCAUCUUGGCACGUUGGGCUGCAUCUCUAGCUCAGACUGCAUUAAAACAGAAACAGCAGAAAAAUCUCUUACAGAGUGUAUAUGGAAGUUUGGAGAUAAGUGUAGCUUUUAAUAUAGAGGUUGUUUUGUACAUAAUGUGCAUCCAAGUGAAUAGUCACAGUCACUUUCACCAAGGCACCUUUUUUCUAAAACAGGUAUUAUGCAUAAUUUUCUAGUAUGAAGUCAGUUGCUUUCAAUUGUAAAAGUGUUGUCAAGUACUGUUUUGUAUGUUCUGGAAGUAAUGUCUGCAUACAGCAAUUACUGGCCUUUGACAAAUGGGGUUUUCUGUUUGUGUUCAGAAAUAAGCAUAUUAGUUUUGAACACAGAACUUUUCACUUUUGUACACUUGUAUGUUACUGCAUCUAAGAGAUGAGCAUUUUCUUUGGGAGGCAGUUAAUAGUGUGUGCGUUUUUGUUUUUUAAGGCAGAAUUAAAAGCUUAAAAGUCCAUUUCAACUUAAACCUUUUUCAAGGGUUUGCAUUGGGCUGUAAUCAAAAUCCUGAUAUUUGUAUUUCUUUAUCGCUUUUUUAAAAAAAAGUUAAAUUUAAAAUGUUGAACCACUGGACUUUCUUGUAUUGUAUUAAUUUGUGAAACUAAUUUUUUUAAACUGUGUGCUGUCUUUGUCCACAUGUGCAACCUACCAUUGUGCAAAACAAUAAAAGAAAUGAAUGCUGUGA